UUCUGCCGCAUGGCGGUCGUGACGUCAUUAUAGUUUGCGUUACGAUACUUGUGCCACGUAUUUUUGCAAUUUAAGUAUUCUUCAAAGUAGUGCAAUCGACAAAUGGUUUAAUGUUUUUUAUCUAUACACCUCUGGUGACCUAAGAAGCUCUCAGCAAAUAUGGGAUCAUCUCACAGCGUGGAAAUACCGGGAGGCGGUACAGAAGGUUAUCAUGUAUUGAGGGUUCAAGAAGGCUCUCCUGGACAACAAGCAGGGCUUGAAGCCUUUUUCGAUUUUAUUGUGGCAAUUGGGAGUACUCGUCUGGACCAAGAUAAUGAUACCUUGAAAGAACUUUUGAAAGCUGGUGUAAAUAAAGAAUUAAUUAUCACGGUAUACAGUAGCAAAACACAAUCUGUAAGAAGGACAAAGAUUGUACCAAGUGUGACAUGGGGUGGACAAGGACUGCUAGGUGUUAGUAUACGUUUCUGUUCGUUUGAAGGAGCCAAUGAAAAUGUCUGGCAUGUACUCGAAGUUCAUCCAUCGUCUCCUGCAGAAUUAGCUGGUUUACGACCGUUUACUGAUUACAUUAUCGGAGCAGAUUCCAUUCUUCACGAAAGCGAGGACUUAUUCACUUUAAUAGAAGCGCAUGAGGCACGGCCUUUAAAAUUGUAUGUAUAUAACACUAAGGAUGACUCCUGCAGAGAAGUGACUAUCACACCUAAUAAUACUUGGGGCGGAGAAGGAAGCUUAGGAUGUGGAAUUGGAUAUGGGUAUCUACACAGAAUACCAGUUAGAAGUGUGCCGGAGCAUAAACCUGUUAAUUCAUAUGCAAAUACUACUGUUGUGCAAACAGUUAUGCAAACUCAACCGGCAACGACAGUGAGUGUUACUACCACUGCAGAAGAGACUAAACCGAUUAUCAGUGCACCUCCUGCAUUACCUAUUCAGCCGAGUUACACCGUUGCGAUUGACAGCUCCACAAAAAAUGUGAAUAAUGAACAAGAAGGUAUUUCAACUCAAAACAUAUCAGGACCAAGCACGCAAGUGCAGGCAGCGAGUCAGGUCAACUUUGCUAGCACUGCUGGUGGCUACGCACCAAUCAAUACAGCUCCUCAUAUGUUUUCGAAUCAGCCUACCACCAAUUUCACAUCUGGCACUUAUCAAGUGACUCCAAGCAUUCCUGGUAUGCCAACCAUCCCCCUGAUACCAACAACAUUAUCAACGAAUAUCACCAACCCUUAUGAAGCUGCAACAGCACCGCUUGGAUCAAUCAAUUUCCCAGGACAACAGAGGGAGCAGAAUCCUCUCCACGGCGUGACUGCGAUAAAUGUGCCAGGAUUGCAGAAAGAACAAAAUCCAAUACACGGCGUGACUGCAAUUAAUGUCCCAAUGCAGAGAGAGCAGAAUCCUGUCCAUAGUGCAACCGUGGCUACUGGAUUUAACGUGCCUCAGUCUCACAUUGUGACGACACCUAUCUCACUGCCGGGACUACCACCUAUCACAGUCAGCGCCUCUUUGCCGAACCCUUCCUUCUACCCAUCUGUUCUUCCAGAACAAAAUCAAUUACCACCUGGUAUUAAUACUACCACUGUCGCUCCGACGUUACCGUCAUCAACGACCACGCAGUAACAAGCGUGUGCUUUUAAAAUUAAAUAAAUGGGAGAAUGAUUUUCACUUUAAUAAAAAGUAUAUUUAUAAGUGUGCUGGUGAUACGAAAUCGGAUUAUAUGGUCCGUUUUAAACUCACAAUCCGAUAAGACUAAGUUUUAUGUCUUUAAUAAACAUUAAGAAUGUGAUGCACAUAGCAAAUUUUUUUAAUGUGUACUAAAGAGGAUAUUGAUGAUGUAUUAUUGUACAUAAAUAAAAUGCAAGAUCCUAAUUA